GGGGGGGGGGGGAGACGCAUAUAAAAAAAAUCGAGAAAAAAAACCUCGAAAGCAAGUGAGCAAAGCAACCGAGCUGGGGUUGGGGCGCUUUUGCAUUUCUAAAAAGGAAAUUGAAGGACUUUUCGUACAUACUUUUGGUGAUUUUUUUGUAGAACUUUGCAGUAAAAAUGUAAGUUUUCAAAAUUUCGGGGGAGGGGGGGGGACGACUAUAAAUUGCCCCCUGCGUACGGCCAUGUGUGCAUUUAUGACUCAAGCUUUGUUAUUCUACACCCAUUUUUUUUAAUCACCCAGUGUGAUGGUUGUUGAUUUUCCGGUUUUGGGGGGAAAUAAAAACCAAAUAACGAUGAGAUGAACCUGACCUUCAAUAUCAAAGCUGAAAUGCGAAAGGAAAGUGGGCAUUAAUAAUAAUAAUAGAAGAGGAAUAUUUUUGCAAGACAAAAUACAACUAAUUAAUUACAACAUGGGCAUUAAUUACAAGGGGGUGGUAAAUGCAUGAAAGGCAGAUAGUGAGAGUUUGCCUAAAUAGAAGGGCACUCAUCAUGCCAAUCGGAGUUAGAGCAUUUUUGGAACACUUUUGUGUUUAUUUGGGGGCAAUGCCCUCGGAGAUGCUUAGGUGACCUCGAAGAAUGUAAAACGAACCCCCAAAUAGAAAAUGGGCACUUAUCAAACCCAAUGUGUAACACUGUGUUUUAAUGUACCCUUGUUCUUUGGAAACGCCUACAUGAAGGAGAGAGACAAAAAUAGGAAGUUUAUAGGGGGUGUAUAGAAAACUUAAUAGAAUGAUUUUAUUGGGAUAUAAGUGCUACACGCAUUUGGCAGAGACUACUAUCGUGUAAUUUUUUACAAUAUUAUAUCAGAUACUGUUUGCAGCAUUGCGAUUUUUUUUCGAUUACUGUAUACUAAGUUAAAGUAUGGUGAUUUCCAUUUGUUUUAUCUGCAUCUAAAGCAAAAGACUAUUAUUUGCUAUUCAUUUGGAAGUUGACUUCAGUAUCAUGUUAUCAUUAAGGGUGUGUCUUUCAUGUCUUUGACGUCAUUAAAAUCUCGGAGAUCCAAUGGUCAUCGACAUUAUCUUAUUUAAAACUGAAUAAAAUGGAUGAGGAACUGACAAAGAAAGGAUUAUCUUAUCCACUUUAAUAUGCAAAUUUGCAUUCAGGGCGUCAGGUUCAAUAGAUUUCCCAACGUGAAGUAUCAAUAUUAUGGCAAAGACACGAUAGUUGUUUGCAUUAUCGUGGACCAUACCAGGGUAUAACUAUAUUUACAAUGUGUUUGGCCAGUUUUAUCGCACCAUGUGUAAUUAUUAACGAUUCCAUGCGAUCUUUGCGCCCAUCUGAAGCGACUAUUAACUCCUUUUGUUGAUUAAACGGAUGACUUUAGGUGAGAUAUCCAUGCCAGUCAUGUGAGGUAGUGUAAGAUGACGUCAUCUGCUAUACGAAGUAUAUGGUGGGCCUCUAAUUACAGGACCACGGUGUCUUUCAAAAUAUAGGCAUUUCGUUUAUUCAAGACAGCUAACUGGACCAUGUGCAUUUCUUGAUAAAGAAAGGGGUGUGGUGCUGUUCGCAAAGAGCUUGAAUUUAGUGUAUUUGAUGAAAGAAUAUCGCAUUAAAAUCAACCAACAACCGGGAACAAACGCAGUCAACCUUUUGAAAUUUUGCUCCUUCCGUCGAUCUGCAGACAAUUUUCUUUUGAUGUUCUGGUUCACUUAUACGAUAGCAUAUAGGACCAAACUGAUUCAAUAUGACCCAGGUAGUGGUUCCAGAUAUGCAGACGGCUCACCGUCAAUUCCAAGAGCAGGAGGAAAGAAAUCGGAGCAACAUGCCACAGUACACAAACGAAGUCUACCUUACACCAAGCCAUACCGCCCAGGACCGAAAAUUCGCCGUGGCCACCAUCUUGUGCCUGCCGUUCAUGGGGUUAUUCGGAGCGCAUCACUUCUACCUUCGCCGGAAGUUCUUUGGGACAGUCUACGCCUUCACGUUGGGGUUGUUUGGCAUCGGUUGGAUCAUUGACUGGUGUAGGAUAGGAGCCCUGGUGAGGAAAUGCAACCAGGAUACAUCAGAAGCCAGAGCAAAGGGGCACUGGAUACACAGCAAGAAAUAUCCAGGCUAUCUCACAGAUAAAACAUUGUUGGAUGCAGUAUUGCUCUGGCUCCCUCCAUUUGGCAUAUUCGGUCUAUAUCACUUCUACCUCGGACGAAAGCGAUACGGCACGUACCAGGCCUGCUCCGUUGGCUUCUUUCUCUUCGGUUGGCUCAUGGAUAUCUUCAGACUCGCCUACAUGGUGGAGAAAGCCAAUACGGACGUGAAGCUGAUGAAGAAAGGGGAGCGGGUAGGUGAGGACCCUUAUAAGACAUCCGAUGCGUAUCUCCUGGCGUUUCCUCUAGGUUUCCUCGGGCUUCAUCACUUCUACUUGGGCAACAGAUCGAAGGCGAUCCUCUACCUCUGCACCUUGGGUGUCUUUGGGAUAGGCUGGAUCACCGAUCUCGUCCAGAUGCCUCUAAUUGUCAAGGAUGCGAACAAGAAGCGAGAGUUGAGGAACAGGCUGCAGAAUGCACUGGUUCAAGGAGGACAGCCUCAGUCAAAUGUCAUUGUGAUGACGACCAUACCGGCCAUCAAUGCAGGAUUUGUUGUAGGGCCUGUUGAAGGUGGGCUAGGACAUAAUCCUGCUAUGGUGCCAGGAGCAACAGUGCAUCUUCCAGAACCCCCGCCGGAGUACAGAGAGAAUGCUUCAGCAGGUGAAACAGUGAUUCACGAAUAAACAGGAUGAACCAAAUCUGUACACUGUAAAGGCUCAGCGUGAUAGAAACGUUCACCAGUUAGUGUUAAUGAAGAAUCAAACCCUGAAGUUUGGGCUUGAAGUUUACAGUGUUGGACUAACACCGUAACUUUAGACGGGUGUGAUGAAUUAGUUGGAUUACGUGGUCCUUCUUUCUGGACAUGGGAAUUACAGUCACAUAACUGCUUCGAAUUGGUGUCGGGGGGAUGGGUCUCUGUUAGAACAUCAGGUGGACAAGAACAUGCCAUGAAAACAUUGGAAUCAACUGCAGCAGGGACGUUCAAAGGUUUAAAUUCUUUUAUAAAUCAGGAUAUGCUGGAUCUUAAACGAUCACAUCUCUGAAGACACUUCCCCACAAAAAUAAGGUAAAAUAACAAUCGUGUUGGUAAUCCUGAACUUAAUUCCUCAAAUCUAUCGAUUGUGGUGCAAUACAAAUUGUGAUGUUAUAAGAAAAUUUUAGUCUGCGAAAAUUUUUUGGUAAUUCCGUUUCAAAGAGAAGUAGAAAUUUAUUGAAAUAAAAGAGUUCAGGCAUAUUUUCUUGGAAUCAAUUGAUAAAAAGAGGGCAAUGUGAAAACAGAAACAUAAACUAAUACUUUGCCCAUGUGGAGUAUCAUGAUUGAUCAAAACCAACUCCAUUUUAUGUCAGUAAAGACAAUAAAGACACUGAAAACUAAGAUGUACAUGGUAUACGAUAUUUAUCAUGUAAUAAUUUAUUCUCUCAUUUUACAGCGUAACUGAAUUCUAUUUUAUGAGAAAAUUUUUCAUUAUAAUCUUAGUAUUUAUUGCCCAAAAUGCUUCGUGUUGAAUUCAUACAACUUUAAAUGAAUUCUUCCUAAAGCGAGCAACAUCGUGAUCAUUAAAAUUUUAGCAAAACGUUACUUCGAUGCAAGAGGUGUAUUUAUGUUGUCGGUAUUUGUCCAUAAUCUGUUUAAACAACCAUCACUUUACCCCUUCCUCCUGCAUGGAAAAUGGUAUCAACUUUAAAUAGGAAUCCUAAUUAUUUUUUAAAGGAAUUCCGUAUGAAAUAUUCCUCUCAAUCCCCCUGAAACAAAGAUAUAUACGAGUAGAAAGUUGGCCAAUUGUUUGAUGUUUAAUUUGAAAUAUUAAAUUUUCUUAAGGUUGUCAGGAAUAUCCACUUGGACAGAUAAUUGUAUUGAAAAUUGACUUUAUUUAUGAAUGGUCAAUCUGGGCAUGGUUCAUUAAACUGUUCGUAAAAUUACAACUUUUAGACAUAAUAUCACAAACGAAGUGGCUAAAUACAGUCAGAAUUCCGAUUAAGCAUUCUGUAAGCAAAAAUAAAUUUUCAACCAGAAUAUUUUGUUAUAUCAUUGGGAGACACAAACAUUCCUAAACAAUAUUUUGCUCAACAUUUUGCCCUUCAUAAUUAUUCAGGUUGUUCGCAAAGUCAUUGGUAACAAUGCGAGCAGCUUUAUGAAACAGCUCGCAGGUCAGACUAUUAAUGGUGGAUGUAUUCGACUAAAUUUCUAUCAUGCUUUAUACAAUUCGCCUCUUUUUGUAUAUAUAUGGUGUGUUUGUAAAUAAAACAAUUCAUAUCUUUUUAGAGUGUUGUAAAUGAUACAAUCCUCUAACACGUCCAAUGA